AUGAGUUUGGUCCGCCUCCAUACAGGUCCUGAGUGCGUGGACGCGCCCGGGCGCGCUCCCGCGGCCCAGCAGUCCAGAGUCAUGGCUGCUCUCAGCAAGAUCCCACACAGUUGUUAUGAAAUCGGCCACACUUGGGACACGUCCUGUACGCGCGCCGCGGUGGAUGUCGCCAGGGGCGCUUUGGAGGUCUCCUUUAAGAUAUACGCCCCCCUUUACUUGGCUGCUGCUGUGUUGAGGAGAAGAAAAAAGGAUUACUAUUAUAAAAGACUUAUUCCAGAGAUUCUACAGUCAACUUCUUUCCUCACGGCCAAUGGAAGUCUCUAUAUAGUGUUCUUUUGCAUUCUCAGAAAAUUGUUGGGUGGUUUUUACUCAUGGUCAGCUGGUUUCGGCUCAGCCUUACCCGCCUCAUACAUCGCCAUCCUCCUGGAGCGCAAGAGCAGGAGAGGGCUCUUGACAAUAUACAUGGCAAAUCUUGCCACCGAGGCACUGUUUCGCAUGGCAGUCACUCGAGGCAUCGUCCAACCUGUCAAUCACGGAGAAGUGCUUUUGUUCUGCAUAACAGCGUCUCUGUAUACGUUUUUCUUCAGGAGGAAAGAUGGCCUUGAAGGUUUUGCUUUUUCUGCAUUAAAGUUCAUCAUUGGGAAAGAGGAGAUCCCAUCACAUCCCGGUGCAAGAGACCAGAGUCUGAGACCCCAGGAGACGCCUGCUGCCGUAGAAGCAGUAAAUCCACCGCCUCCAGGACAAAGGGCCAGAAGGAAAAAUCUGAUCACUUACACCAGAGAGCUGCUAGAAUCCAUAUGCAAACAAGGCCCAAGACACAGAUGCUGCAAACAUUACCAUGAUAACUGCAUCUCCUACUGUGUCAAAGGUUUCAUUAGGAUGUUCAGCAUUGGAUAUCUUAUUCAGUGUUGUUUAAAAGUGCCCUCCGCCUUUAGACAGAUGUUCACCAAACCAUCAUGUCUGCCAUCACUUUUCUACAACAAGGAAAACUUUCAGCUUGGGGCUUUCCUGGGCUCUUUUGUUAGCAUAUACAAGGGAACAAGUUGCCUCUUACGCUGGCUACGUAAUAUUGAUGAUGAGAUUCAUGCUCUCAUAGCAGGCUUUCUGGCUGGAUUGUCGAUGUUCUUUUACAAGAGCACAACAAUAUCGAUGUACCUCUUUUCAAAGUUAGUUGAGACGAUGUACUUCAAGGGCAUUGAGGCUGGCCAGGUCCCUUACUUUCCUCAUGCAGACACAGUUUUGUACGCCGUCUCCACAGCUAUUUGCUUCCAAGCUGCUGUUAUGGAAGUGCAAAACCUCAGACCAUCAUACUGGAAGUUUCUGCUUCGUUUGACAAAAGGGAGGUUUGCGCUAAUGAACCGCCAUGUCUUGGAUGUAUUUGGAACUCAAGCUUCCAGAGAUUUUAAAGGUUUCAUUCCCAUACUGGACCCAAGAUUCGUAGUCGCUAGCCAAAUGUUUGGAGAUGGCAUCCAGCUGGGAUGA